AUGCGUGUUUUAACAGAAAGUCCUAAAGCUGUGGUGUCUGUAAAUCCUGAUAAAGAUGUGUAUAGAGGAGAGACUGUCACUCUGGGAUGUGAUAUACAGUCAGGAGGAGACACUGAAUGGAAAUACAGCUGGUUUAAAGAUGAUCAAGAAUUUCACUUACACAGCACAUCUCAGGAGUUCAGAUUUAACCCUGUUAGAGAGCAUGACAGUGGUAAAUUCACCUGCAGAGGAGAAAGAAAACGUGACUCAGUGUUCUCAGAGAUGAGUGAUGCUCUUACACUGACUGUGUUUGGUGAAGCUCAGGCAGUACUGAGUGUGUCUCCACAGAGCUGGCUGACUGAAGGAGACUCAGUGACUCUAAGCUGUGAGGUUAGACACUCCUCUACAGGCUGGAGGUUCAGCUGGUACAGAGAUGGUCAGGAGCUCGUCUCAGACAGCAGAAGAGAAGCUGGAGGCUCCUACACUCUCAGUCCUGCUGCUCUAAAUCACACAGGAGUUUAUGUGUGCAGAGCAACGAGAGGAGAACCAACAUUUGACACACAGUCCAGCAACCCACAGCCACUAUGGAUCACUGGUGAGAACAUGUAG